CGCAGGUAAUGUACGGGUGCCCAAUUAAAACCGCAAAGUUUGGAAAGGCGACCAUGCGGCAUUCUCGUCGGUCGUCAGUCGGCGUUCUUCUGUUCUAUUUCUGCCUUUAAAACUUCACCAACACGUCGAUUGGAUCGCACAGGCAGUCUGUUGGCAUCUUGUACAAGUAGCCUACGAUUUCUUGGUGGAUUACUGAAGUGCAGUCGCAUUAGGCACUUCAUUCUCUCCUAUCAAAUUUGAUCUCGGUGCCGAUAAUGGAUCACCGCGGCGUUACCAUGAGCGUGUUGCUGGCCGUGAUUGCUGCCGUUCUACCCGCGGCCUCGCAGCCACUGUACGGUCGGCUCAGAGCACCUCCAAAAUGUAGCGAGCCGCUACCUCUGGAGCAGCGAGCAGAAAUCGCCAAUGUCAUCCUGACUGGUUUCGUGGACAAAGUGAUGCGGAAACCCCGGACUCUUCAAUAUGAAUGUGAGGUCCAGAUCGUGCGGAUUUUCAAGGGAGAGGAGACUGUACAUAACGGAAUCUCUCCACCGAUGGACCCCGAAUCCAACCAGGUCAUGGUGACUGGGUUUGGAGAUCCGUCAAUCUGUGAUAAUGCCGCGCACGUCGGGGAUGUCAAACUACUACUUCUCAAGAAAGAUCAUGAUGGACAUCUCAGACUUAACUCCAGCCUUGUUCGAAUUACCUUAGGAAACUUGGACAGGACCAAUGCAGUUGUCAUGAAUGUCCCUUACGUAACAAGAGAGCCAAUUUCUGAAGGCCCCUGUGCAACCAUCCUCUGUGCCUAUGGGUCGAUAUGCCGAGAGACAUUGGAUCAGGAAGCAGAAUGCUUCUGUCCUGAAGAAUGUCCCAACACCUUCUCUCCAGUUUGUGGUACAGAUGGAGUGACCUACAACAAUGAAUGCUAUUUGAAAUCAUCGUCGUGUCGAUUAAGGACGAGGAUUACAGCUGCCUCGUCUGGGCCUUGUGAUCUGACGAGCCUCUGCCUAAACAAGCACUGUCCGUUUGGAGCAGAGUGCAUGAUCAAGCCAGAUAGCAUGUCGGCAGAGUGCGUCUGUCCCCAGGAAUGUGCCAGCGCGGACUUCAGCCGCGUGUGUGGCAGCGAUGGGAGUGACUAUCCAAAUGAGUGUGAGUUGAAACGAGCCAGCUGUCUGCAGCGACGAAACAUCCGAAUCAUCUUCCAAGGAACUUGCAAUCCUUGCUCUACGGCCAACUUGGAUCAGGAUGCAGUCUGCAAAUUGAAUAGGAACCGUGAGCCCAUCGCAGACUGCAUCUUUGACUGUGACGAGUUACCAGGCAACCCGGUGUGUGCAUCAGAUGGUCUGAUGUAUGAAUCAGAGUGCCUGAUGAGAAGAGUAGCCUGCCAGUCUCGGUUUGAACUCUUUGUGCUUGAGGAGAGCUACUGUAAGCCAGAAAAAUCUCCAUGUCGCAGCUUUCAGUGUGAAUUUGGCAAGUGCAUCUUGGAUCUGGAGGGUAAUCCCACCUGUGUGUGUAUCAGCAGCUGUCCUGAGAUCUACGUGCCGAUCUGCGGCAGUGAUGGUGUCACAUAUUACAGUAUCUGUCACCUUCAGCGGGAACAAUGUCUGAGAAAUGAAGCCGUACAUGUCAUCUCUAAUGGGCCAUGCUUGAACCAAUCAGAAGGUUUGUGUAGUGCGAUCCGAUGUGGCUAUGGUGCUGUGUGUCUUGUAGUCGAAAACGAGACCACCUGCUCCUGUGAUAGGAUGUGCACGGACGAGGACCGCCCUGUGUGUGGCACUGAUGAAGUAACAUAUGGUAAUGCUUGCUUGCUGAAGCAAGCUGCAUGCGAACAACAGAAGGAGAUAAGGAUUGAGUCAGAGGGCCUUUGUAAUGGCUGUGAACUCCAUACCUGUGACUUUGGCGCCAUAUGUGAGAUGGGCCCAAAAGGACCACAAUGUGUCUGUCCGGAGGAGUGUGUCAAUUUUGACUCACCUGUCUGUGGUUCUGACGAUGUCACGUAUGCCAAUGAGUGUGAGCUUAAUGUCCAGGCAUGUCGACAGCAGGCAGUAAUCUCUGUGGUUUCCCAAGGAGAAUGCAUUGAGUGUGAAGGGGUCAAAUGCGAGUAUGGUGCCAUCUGCAACCGAGGCAAGUGUAGCUGUCCGACAUGUGCAGAUAUUGAGCAACGAGUCUGUGGUACCAACCAGAUCUCCUAUCAGAGCAUCUGUCACCUCAGAGCUGAGAUGUGUAAUGAGAGGAUCCGAAUUGCUGUGGCGUUCGAUGGUCCCUGCGAGGAUGGUGCUGAGAUGUCAGGCUCUGGUAAUGGUACUGAUGGGGACCAGGAAGGUGGUGAUGGGGACCGGUUAGACUACACUCGGGAAUGUGAUGAAUCCAUGUGUCAAUUUGGUGGUACCUGCGAGUUCAUGACCAACGGUAACUCCUACUGUUCCUGCAUCAUGAACUGCCCAGCUACACGGUUACCAGUGUGCGGGUCAAACCAGGUUACGUAUGGCAGCGAAUGCCUACUCAGGGAAGCAUCCUGUGAACAGCAAAAGCCGAUUUAUGUGGAAAGCCAAGGAUCAUGUGAAGAUGUUGAGAUGGAACCCUGUGAUGGGGACAGUCCUCUUCUCAUGCCCAACACCAUGGAGGAGUAUACCUGCUCUGAGGAGGGUGAGGAAUGUCCCUCAGGCAGUUAUUGCCACAUCCAUCCACUACGAAAGUUUGCAGUCUGCUGCCCAGUCACCAGAGAGCAAACCUCCCCUCCAAGCUGUGAGGACACCAUGUAUGGUUGCUGUCCAGAUGGAGUUACAGCAGCGCAAGGCUUCAAUGAAGCUGGGUGUCCAAGCCACUGUGACUGUAAUGACCUGGGCUCCUAUUCGCCUGUCUGUAACCCUAGCAACAAGCAGUGCCCUUGUAAGCCUGGUGUUGGCGGCAAAAAGUGCGAUCGUUGUGAGCCUGGCUUCUGGGACUUCCGAGGAAUACAAAAUGGAAACAUUGGAUGUAGACCAUGUGGCUGUUCUAAGGGAGGCUCAGCUCGCGAUGACUGUGAGCAAAUGCUGGGCAAGUGUAUGUGUAAAGGCAAAGCUAUGGGCAUAAAGUGUGAUAUGUGCCCUAAGGGAAUGAUGCUUGGUGCUACUGGUUGUCAAGAAGUCGUAAACAUGGAUGACUCCUCCAACCUCUGUGAGCAGCUGAACUGUCGUUACCAUGCCACCUGCCAAUUCACAGCUGGCCUAGCCACCUGUGUUUGUCCCAGCAAUUGCACCACGGUGUUUGAGCCUGUCUGUGGUUCCGAUGGCCAAACUUACGGCAAUGAAUGCCAGUUGAAAGUGUUUGCUUGUCGGCUGCAGCGAGACGUUCAGCUCUAUGCCAGAGGCAUCUGCAACUCUGUUGUCAUCACACCCAUGACAAUAUCCCAAGAAUGUGUGGAUUCGGAGUUUGGUUGCUGUGACGACGGAGAAACACCCAAGAAGAAUCCAGAAGGUGCAGGCUGUCCCCUGUUGCCUGGCAUGACAACUGCUUCUAUGACACCCACCAUGCGACCAUCGUCAUCAGCAACCAUGAAGCCUGAACCUAGUGAUGGAACGAGAAUCUCAACAGAAUCACCUGUCGCAGUAACUACGCUUCCCCUACCUCCCGUGGAGGUAUCCUCCGUUUCAGCACCCCCUCCAGAGAUAACAACCCUCUCCUCACCUCCCUUGAAGUCAAGAAGUUCCACCCUUCCCCAGUUGGAUGCCACAACUCUCCCGUCUCCACCCUUAGAAACCUCUACUCAGCCAAUCAUGACAGAACCAGCUUUUCGUGAACGUAGCACUGUUCAAAUAAGCUCUUCCACGGACUCAAGCAGAGCUAGUGUAUCUCUGUCUAAGACAAGUGAAGCGUCUUCAGAAACCAGCUCAUCAGAAGCGCAAACAUCUGCAUCCUCAUCAAAGUCCAUCACAUCUGUCUCUGAAACAAGCAAGCCUGUAACUAGGACGAUGCCAGUCUCCAAACCAAGCACAGAUGCCUCAGAAACUCUCUCGUCCUUCUCCCAGACGUCCAUGCCCAUAUCCCACACAAGUCUUCCAUCCUCUGAGAGUUUUUCCAAAACGGUUCCUCUUACAUCUACCCCAUCCUUGCCACCCUCUAGCAAGAUGUCUUCUCUGCCCGUGAUAGAUGCUACAACCCCCGAUGAGACCAAACCAAUGCCACAGCCUCAGACACAGGGCCUAACGACCCAGUUCCAUGCCAGUCCAACUGACCCAACCACAGUCAUGCCUAGUAGCACUUCAGAGAGCUUACCAGAGUUCACCACACAGCCAAGGCAAACAACGGAGCCGACACCCUUAUCCAUAUGUGAGACCAACCCUUGUCUUCAUGGAGGCACCUGCUUGGAGAAGGAAUCAGCCACUCAAGGUUACAUCUGCAUCUGUCCUGUUGGCAGGGGCGGGCCAGUCUGCGAAGAAGUUGUAACGUUCCAGUCUCCAUCCCUCUCCGAGCACUCCUACCUAGCCUUCCCCAAAAUGCGAGCCUUCUUUGAUUUUGACAUCGUCUUGGAGUUCCAGGCUGAGGCGGAUGUUGAGGGCCUGCUCCUGUUCAAUGGUCAAGAUGAUGUUGAGAACAAAGAUUUUGUUUCUCUGGCCAUUGUCAGUGGGUCUGUCGAGCUAAGGUACAAUGUUGCACAAGAGUUUGACCUCGGGUCCAGUGAUACUGUCGUAAUCAGAAGCACCGUCCCAAUUCAGCCACUUCAUUGGUACACGAUACGGGCUACCAGGGAUAAGCGUGAUGGCACACUCAGCGUGGAUGGCGAGACACCAGUCAUGGGGUCAAGCAGUGAUAGAUCAUCUGGUUUGUCCUUGACCAAUGACCUCUUCAUUGGUGACGUGCCAGAGGAUAAAGAGUUAAUUUACAAAGUCGCAGGGACCACCAAGGGAUUCAUGGGAUGUAUUGGAUACUUGGAAGUCAACCAUAAACCCCUGGACGUUUACCAUCCUGGUGGAGAUAUCCUCUAUGGAGCUAACAUUGGCGAGUGUGGCAAUGACCCAUGCCUGGCCAAGCCAUGCCUGAACAAUGCGACCUGCACCCCAAUGAAUGCCGAGCAGUUUGAAUGUGAAUGCGAGGGUGGUUUUGUCGGCCCGCUGUGUGGUGAUGUCUUUGUGGAUCCAUGCGAGGGGAACAUGUGUUACACUGGCUCAACUUGCAUGCCUCUACCCGAAGGGGGCUACAGAUGUGACUGUCCUAUGGGUUGGCUUGGCGACAUGUGUGACAUGGAGGAUGAGCCAGAACCUGUUGGACCUUUCAUACCGGGCUUUGGGGGCAACUCCUACCUUGAGCUACCCGGUCUGAAGGCGCCUAGUCACAUCACAGUAGAGGUGGAGUUCCUGGCGACCCAACCCAAUGGCAUGAUUUUCUACAAUGGGCAGAGUACCAAUGGCAACGGUGAUUUCAUCUCUCUCAAUUUAGUGGAUGGAUAUUUGGAAUUCAGAUACAAUCUUGGUUCUGGAACAGCUGAAAUCAGGAGUCCAGAGCGUCUGACCCUGAAUGAGUGGCAUCGUGUGGAGGUAACCAGGAUGAACAUGGAUGGCAUGAUGUACAUUGAUAACCAGAUGGUUGCUCAGGGAGAAUCCUCAGGCUUAGCAAAGCAGCUGAACCUCAAGCAGAGCCUGUUCAUUGGGGGGACAGACAACUACUCCAAAUUCUCACGGAAGGCAGGGAUUACCGAUGGCUUUGUUGGUGGAAUUAAAAUGUUGUCCAUUGACCGUGAGGAGAUACCAGAUUUGAUUGAGGCAUCUCUGCAGCAAGCUAACAUCCAACGUUUUGUUGAGCAUCCCUGCGUUGGCAGUCCCUGCAUGCCCACGUAUCUCUGUGUACCCGAGGAUGAGAAUUACUCAUGUGUCUGCCCUCCAGGAACCGAGGAGCUAGAUAUUACUUGUGUCUCCAUGGAAACGUCCACUGCCAGUGGAGACCACAUGACAGUACAGAAUCCUGUGACAGAGAAGCAGGAUACCAAUGCACCUGUGUCCUUUGAUGGCCAGAGUUACUUCAGUUAUCCCAACAUAGCAAGACAAAUUGAAAAAGCGCAGAAUACAAACAUCAUCAAGAUGCGAUUCAGGACCUUGCGGCAAGCCGGCUUGAUGCUGUACAACAGUGACAACAGCAGAGGUGGUGACUUUGUUGCUGUGGCCAUAGUCAAUGGCCAAGUAGAGUUUGCAUACAACCUGGGAGCUGGCGUGAAAAGAAUCUCAUCUCCUGUAUCAGUAAACGACGACCAGUGGCACACGGUGAUUAUUUCAAGAACCCGGCGGGAGAGCAGUAUUCAAGUGGAUGAUGAAGCGCCCUCACUUGGCACAUCCAAGGCAGGGUCAUCAUUCUUGAAUACAGACGGAAUCAUGUGGAUUGGUGGACAUUCGAGCCUCCAAUCAAAUGUUCCGUUUGAGUACAGAACGGGCUUCCAAGGCUGCAUAACAGACGUGGAGCUGCAAGAAACUAGUCUACAUCUAUACAAUGAUGCGAGAGAGCAGAGACCGUCAUCAUUCUGUGACUACCCUGAGGCAUAACACAAGGCAUCUUAGAAGGAAAAUGGGGGGGGGGUGGUGGUGAAAGAAUUGGGGGUAGUGAAUUCUUCUCUAUGUAUUGUAGGUUGGUGCUGUGAUGCAAGUGGCCGUAUCCUCCCCCCCCCGAGUUAUGUUUGUUUCAGCUAGAACUUUGGAAAAGGUCAGGCAUGAGAGGCUUUCACUCAUUGGUUGGGGGACUUGGUAGGUUCAUCUGUAUGCUCGUAAGGUCUGAUAAUGCAUCAGGUAGCAUGUGAAGGCCUUAAAGAACUAAUCUUUUUAACGACGAUAAAAAUUAUUUACCCAAGUCAGGAUAAGCAAGUAUAUGUUCACAAGCCAUGUACUUAAAUGAUGCAACUGUUUCCAGAAACAGAUGGUUGCAAAUGGUUAAGCAGAGCACUGUAUAAACUGGAUCAUGUGGCAUUUUCAUGUAAUUUAUACAGGCUUCCAUCGUGUACAAAAAUCCAAUUCACUCAACAGUUUUGGUGCUGCAGUAAUUUGAUGAAGCUGAUUGUGGCUGAUGUUUAAGUAAAUUGCUAUGAGGUGUUUGUGGAUUCAGACUUUCACCUGUUGCUACCCUGUUAAAAUGGGGCCUGUAAUUUUGUAUCAGCUUCAAGGUUAUGCAUGUGGGACAAAGAUAUCAAAGUUGUUGUUGGCUGAAGUGUUUGUAUUAUACUUCGAAAUACAGUAACAAGUGUUGGCUGGCAUUCAGUCUCCAAAUUUGUGGGAAAGGUGUGCAGAGGGAUGUAGGAGAAAGUUGAAAAAAUUAUGGAAGGCGAAUAUCGUUUUUAAGGUGUUUGGAUAAAAAUAGAAAUAUGGAAUGUCUCUUGUAGCGCUGCAAAGAUUGAAGAGGUUUUUUGAAAACAUGAUUUCUAAGGUGCUUUCGUAAAUAUCACUCCUUCCUCUGUUGAUCACGUGAACAUUCUCCUGGCAUGACCUUCUGUUUACAGAUAUUCACUUCAUAUAGAUUCAUUCCUAGAAUGCAAAAAUCUUACAAGUUAACUAAAAUGAAAUAUUUGCUUUGCAAUUGUUCCAAUAUUCUGUAACUGCAAUUUUUCCCAAUAUGUAAUAUUUCAGUGUUUCAAUCUCGAGUCCAUUGCAAGUUUUCUUUCACAAGACCAGUCAUAAGUAACAGACUGGACAAGGACAAAAGAAUGCUCUUGUCACCGCUCAUUUGAAAUAGCUUGUGACUUGGCUUAAGACUGAAUGACUUAUGAUGAUCUUAUGAUGGACUCAAUGACAGCGCUGGAAUAUUUAUGAUUUUUUUUAUGUAUCAAAAGUUGUUCAUAGAUACCAUGCCAGUUGUAGAUAUGUAUACCUCGACUGACCUGUGACCCUUUAAAAAAUUUUCCAUCAUAUCCAAGUGGUAUUUUUAAUGACCAUGCUCUGUUGUUCUGUCGAUUGGCCACCAUCAGUGCUCAGUGAGACUUUCAUUUGCCCCAGCUUAUGAUAAUUUUUAAUAAGAAUUGGUGCUGGUGACUUUACUUGGAUAAUGUUAGACUUGAAAUAGGAAAAUGAGUUCAGCUAGGUGAACUAACAGAGACGAACUUCACCGACAAAGAGGUAGAUUCCUGGUUUUUGUAAACUGAUGGCCCACGCCAAAGGCAGUUUUAAAGCACUUAAAUCAUAUUCCUGGACUGAUCUUAAAUAACCUUAUCAUUGAAUUUUAUACACGUGUUUCUCCAUUGAAAUAGCAAUUUGACAUGGGAAUGACAAACCUUUGAUAUUGUCGAUUUAAAUGAAGUUUGAAGUUUUUCAAUUGUAUUUUUUAUCUGUAAAUGAUUUUUAUCCCUGUUUGACAUUUAUUUGAUGUCGGUGGUUUUAAAAGUAUUACUGUCUUUUUUAAAUUCAUUCUAUCAUGCUGUUGGUUUGCACAUUUUUAUCACAAAAUCCUCAGUCUUGAUUUGAAAUGAUUUUGCAUGUCGGAAAAAAUUUAAAACAAUUUUGUAAUUGUAUUCUCAAAGUAAAUGUUUGGAAAAUCCUCGGUUGCUUCCAUUUAAACCAAUGUUAUUUAUUGGGAGGAUUACAUGUGAACCAGUGUGAAAUAUUUUAUGCUGUAUGAUGUCUGUUUCAAAUAAUUCAUGUACGUACAAAAAGAUCAAGCUUUCAAAUUUUCCAAUUUACAGAAUUUCCUUUAAUAAUCACCGUGUACCACACUGUUCAAGAUACUCUGUGCUGUGUCUCAUAGUUUGAUAGGAUAUAACUAAUGUUAAGAAUACCUUUAAUCACUGAAUGGCAGUUGGAAUUACAGAUUUUGGAUGGGUAUUACUGGUCGAAAAUUUGGAGUGAGUUUUGUAGAGUUUUGUUGACUGUUUAUAAAGACUUAUCUAUUGUAAACUCACUGUCCACAAAUGUACAGCAAUAAUUUUUUAUGUAUUUAGUUCUGAUGGCACGUGUUUUAGCUAGCUUUGUCGCUAUUUUCAAUUAUGUACACAACAGGUUUAUAUAAUAUUUAUUUGAAUGUUUUUCUUUUUCAAGCAGACAUAAUCUUUCGUGUGACAUAUUCACCGUAAUGCUGUGAUUGCCAGAAUAAUCAAGCCGGGGUAGUCUUUGUGAAACAUCCGUAGAUUCAAGUGAGCUUGUCGGUGUAGAGCCAACAGAUUGACCGUAGUCCGCCUUCUACGUGUACAGCAGUCUUGCUCUCUCAUGAACUGUUUCAGCAAGGCAGACUGACUAAUGGAUUGUACCGUAAAAUUUAGGGGCAGUGAUGGAAUACCAGUCGAGACUGUUGACCCUCAUAACACUGACUUUUUUCCUUGAAUAAAUGAAUUGUCUAAGCUGUACUAUGCAUUUGCAAGAGCAGGUCAAUACAACUAAACCUUUUUUUAGCGUGGAGAACCGAUCAUUAUUUUGCACAGCAAGCAAUACGUUAUCUUUAUUUAUAUAUUAUGUAAACUAUUUAAACUAUCUGAAUUCCACCUUACCUACGUUUUGUGGGAACAUCUUUGCAUCGAAUCGUGUUAUUUCUUUGUAUAGGCCUAACUACAAAUAUGCAAAAUCGAUUACUUUGAAGGUUGGUUAUGAAGCAAAGGCUAUCUGUUAUUGUGUACAUAGUCGUCAAUUUUGUUGUAGAAUCAACGAUAUUCCAAUAAAAUGAAACAGUAACGAAGAAAAUUCACCAGUAAA